CGCGCAGUGUGCCAAACCCUUCUUGGUUCUAGAAGGCUUAGUAAGUUAAGACCCUGAAAAUAUGGAUUCCACGGAUUCAUCGUAGUGGUAGAAAUUGUUAUUUACCUCAACUCGACGAGUCUACUGUUAUGACGCAACUAUUGGCCUAGUUCGCCAUUGUCUGUGCUAAGAUCGAGUUUAGAGUAAACAAAGAACCAAGUCAAUUUUGGAAAGGUCAUCAUGUCUUCUCCUAGUGCUGGUAAACGUCGUAUGGACACUGACGUUAUCAAGCUGAUUGAAAGCAAACAUGAAGUUACAAUCCUUGGUGGACUGAACGAAUUUUGUGUCAAAUUUUAUGGGCCAAGGGGUACUCCAUAUGAAGGGGGGCUAUGGAAGGUGAGAGUGCAUCUUCCAGAGCACUAUCCCUUCAAGUCACCAUCCAUUGGCUUCAUGAACAAAGUGUACCACCCAAAUAUCGAUGAGGUGUCUGGUACUGUGUGCUUGGAUGUCAUCAAUCAAGCUUGGACAGCCCUUUAUGACCUGUCAAAUAUCUUUGAGUCAUUUUUGCCACAGUUAUUGGCAUACCCCAAUCCCAUUGAUCCCCUCAAUGGUGAUGCUGCUGCUAUGUUCCUCCAUAAACCAGAAGAAUACAGGAAGAAAGUGCAAGAGUAUGUACGCAAAUAUGCCACUGAAGAAGCUCUCAAAGAGCAAGAGCAAGAGGGAGCCUCUUCAGACAGUGAAUCCUCCCUCUCUGACUUCAGUGAGGAUGAAGUUCAAGACAUGGAGUUAUAACAGGACAUUGUCCUUCCCCACUCAACAUUUUCUUGUGAUAUUGAUUGUGACGUGAAAUUCUAUAUUUUAAGAUGAGCCUCUACUGUGAUGCCCUUUGUUGUGAAGUAGCAACAACAGAAAGCAGAUGGUGACUUCAACUUGCUUUCGCAUGCUCCACAUGCAUUUUGGGUGGUGGGACAUUGGGAGAAUCCAUACCUUAACAUCUCCUAAAUUUCUUUGACUCAAAGAGACCCACCUUUGUGCAUACUGAAACAGUUACUCAUUUGCCUCCUCUUAAUGAACUUCCUUCAUUAUUUGGUAUAAAAUUUAGACAGAAAAAUCUAGUUUAGUUUAUAUGUGGGGCUAACUUUUAGCUGUUUUAGGAAUGAAAGGCCAUUUAAUGUAUGUUAAGUUCAAAAUUGCCACUGGUUCUGUUCUAAUAUUCCCGUCAAAUUCGGCUCAUGCAUUCAUAGCCUUUUAAGCUUGAAUUGGAAAUUUGAUUUGAUAUAGUUUCCAGUUAUCUUUCGUGGCAUGCUUUUUUUCUUUUUUCUGAUGUCAAACUUUUUUGUUUUAUGUGUGCACAUCUGCCUAUGUUCCAUCUUCUCCCAUAAUUAUUAUUCAGCAUUGUGUUUCUUUGUAUGUCGAUUGACUUCAGCUUCUUGUGUUAUCUUCUUGAUCAGAAAGGUCAUGUUCUGGGUUUCCGCGCAAGGGCAUCAACUUGUGUUUCCUUCUUGUUUUCUUCUUUUCCUUCUUUUCUUGCUCUGGCAAGCUUGAUCAUUUGAAAAUCAAAGUCAACAGCAGAAACCCAUCACAGCAAUUUGGUUUCUUUGGUGUUGGUACAGAUGGGACAUAGGACAGGAAAAUUGAAUUGCUUCUAAUUUGGGAGAUCUUAUGGUAUUUGUCUUAGAGAUGGGGAACAAUGUCUGUUUUGAAGUGUUAUCAAUUAAAUUUGAAAUAUUGUAUAUAGUUUUAAUGCUUGCUGUUUAACAGAUUACAAUCACAAAUUUAUGAAAUUUGUGUCAUUUGAUCUUUUGGCAAUUUUUUCUUUUGUUGUCAAAGAUAUUAUAUUUUUAUUCUUUAAAGUCUGUUCUAAGGAAGGAUUGUACAUUAUAUUAUAGUUUGGAGUUGCUUCUGUUUACAUUGCUCUGUCCCACAUACUAUUUUCUUAUGGAAGCUAAUUACAGUUUGUUGUCAGACCUAGCUACCAAAGAGAUGUUAUGUUGCUCACCUUCAAUUGAUGAACAUGUUCUGUUUUUUUCUCUCUUAAAUCUUCUAGAUUGUGAAUUCUCGCCCCCUCUUCUCCCCGUUUUUUUUUUAACCAGAGAUGGCCUUCAUGAUCACAUUUGUAUAAAGCUUUCGCAAGUGUCACAUUCUUGCUUGCCGUUUUCUCUGUAAUCUAAAAAAUAAUGUUAAGUUCUUUGUUACUUCUUUGUUUCUGGGCUUGCAGUCAAACUUCUAUUUAGCAAUAAAAUGUUUAAAAGAAAUUAAUGACCUGUA